ACUCGUCCUCUCCCUCUCUAUCUCCAUCCACCUCUUAUGUUUCACCGUCUCUGCUUUUUGCUUACCUUUACCUUGAUGCAUAGUUGACUGUGAUGGGUUGGGUGAUUCUUGAUAUACCGAUUGGAUUAUGUUGUCUUUAUGACUCGAAAAGAGUAUCUUGCGUGUUGGAAGUCCUAAUGUUGGAUGUUUAGGGUUUAAGAUUAUUGCUUUUCAGCUCUAAAACUAGAUCACUAAUGAGUUUUGUUUUGUGAAGCUGUUUAUCUAAAAAUGUUGACUUGGGCUAAUUACUGAUGCGAAACCAACUUGAUUUGGUUGCAUACAUGCCUGCUGUGUCAGACUGUGAUUUGCUUCUUUUCGCUGGAUUUUCACCGUUAGAUUGUAAUGUGAAGUUUGUGAGCUUCGAGUAAGCAUUCUCUCCAUGUUUAUAACAACAUCCUGCUAAAGAGAACGGAGGGAGAGAGGGAACAGAAUUAAUAUUUAUGUUAUGAGUGUAAAGUACUUGGGGCUAACAGUAGUUCACACUUCGCAGAAUAGUUCAAUGAUUUUGAAAAAUUCUGACUAAAAAAUUAUGGCUCUGAAUCUGGGAGGUGUACUAAUUUAGCCAUCCUUUUUCUAGAAACAGAUCCAGAGAUAAAUUAAGAUUGUAAAUUUGGAUUUUAGCUAUGGCCAACGUAAGGUUUAUUUUUCUACCGGGUAUUUUAUCAUUUCAUGAGGAAUACAUCCAGCACUCAUGAACCUUGAUAUAAUUUUGCUGGCUUCUUAAGGUCAUUUAAGGUUUCACUGGUCUCUGUUGUAGUGGUAUAUGGAUGAAUCUUGUGAAGUUGGUCCCAAUUGUGUUCUUCCUGAUUCAGUCUAAUAAUUAUUCACAUAACGUUGAGAUUAAAUAUCUAUGAAAUAGUUCAAUUAAAGUUCCGCCUAUGCUUUUUGAAGCUUAUGGUAUUUCAGUUAAUCCUCCAGAUUUUUUUUUUCCGAAUCGCUAUGGGAAUAAUUUGCACACAGUUAUGAAUUAAAGGGCACAAAUAACAAUACCCUUCGUGUUUUGAGCAAGAACCCAUGGUGUCAUGAAAUAACAUAAGAGCCCGUGAAGCUUGAAAAUUUUAGACCUAUAUCUUAAUCCCAAGGAUAAUGGAGAGCUCCUGAGUAUAUAUUAUAGGUGAGAACGCUUGGAGAUUCGAUGGUGAUAUGAUUUUCUGGUACUUCUUAUUUUCACACAAGCCUAAUUUAGGACUUUCUUUUAUAGGUGACCCUGUAUUUUUGUCUUCUGGUGAAUAAUUCUAUGACUAUGGGGAUAUAUCUGAUCAUGAUGUGUAAUUUAAGAUUUGUUUGUUUGACUUCUAUUAUGGAUGGUUCUUUUUUAUUUUGUUGAACUUUCUUAACUCUUUAGUACAGUUCUCAAACUGAACCAUGGUGUUGCCCCCAUAUGGACUAGAGGUUGUCAAGGUUACUAUCGAAGAGUCUCUCUGGCCCACCUUAGCCUACGUCAUGUAUUUAUUGCUGAAUUUGUGAUGGAUUGUUUGCUUUAUGUGAAUUUUGUUUGAAUCAGUUGUAAUUCUCAUGUAAUAGAAUAAUGUCAUUUACCAUAUUCUGAAACUGACCAUGCGAAUGUACCUGUUAAACUUCUUGUUCUGCAUAAAUAUUGUCUUUUCUCUCAAAUUUUAUUUUACUUUUAUUUUUUGAGUUCUGCAAAAACUAAUUCUUUCCAGGUAUGUGAACCCAUGUAACUGGACAAAACUUCAUGAAUUCCUUUAUUGAUUGUCCAGGUUUUUGACCUAGUGUAACUGGACAAUUUCAUGAAGUCAUUUAUUGUUGUCUUUCUUGAUAGACAUUGUGCACAUUGGCUUGCGUUUGUUUUUAUGCAUGUUCAUUUUCUGAGCUCUCAUAACAACAUUAUGUUUUUCAAUAUCAUCGGUAAUUCAUUCCUUAUGAACUGAAUGAAGUUAACUGCAUUCAUUGUUUUAUUCUUUUUGUUGAUUUAUACCAUGGCAUCCUUUCUGAAUUUGCUGACCAUUCUUCAUCUGGCAUGUUUGGGAUUUGGGUUUGAUGGUCGGCAUCUUGGCUUCUUCAGGGACCUAUAUUUCAUGAUGGUAUGAAAGAAUGGAGUUGUUGCAAGAGAAGAAGUCAUGAUUUUAGCUUGUUUUUAGCGAUUCCAGGGUGCAAGACAGGAAAACACACAACAGAGAAGCAAGUAUUUACAGAGCCUAAAAAGAAUGCUGUCUCUGCUCCAGCUCCAGCGCCAGCUUCAACUACCAAUGUAUCAUCAAAAGAUUCUUGUUUCCGGUGUCGACAGGGCUUCUUUUGCUCAGAUCAUGGUUCUCAAAGCAAACCUUUGAAUCCUGCUGUUAAUGCCUCUUCUGAAAGCAAAGCAAGUGUUGUUCCGAAACAACCUAAGAAGAUAGUUGAUAUAAAUGAAACCCAGAUAUGCAAAAAUCAAGGAUGUGGUAAACCUUUCAAGGAAAAGGAUAAUCAUGAGACUGCAUGCAGCUACCAUCCCGGUCCUCCUGUUUUUCAUGACCGGUUGAGAGGGUGGAAGUGCUGUGACAUUCAUGUCAAAGAAUUUGAUGAAUUCAUGAGUAUUCCUCCAUGUGCAAAGGGAUGGCAUAAUGCUGAUCCGGAGUCCUGAUCCAUGAAGAAACCGAAGGUUUUAUUUUUUCCUUUUAUUUAUUUCCUUAUUCAAAUGAAAGGGGAAAAGGUUUUGUGAAUUGACUCAAUAGUCAAUACUGGCGUCAUGUGCUGUAAUAAUUUAAAUUAUUGCUCUUUGGAGCCAGUCAGCGACUGUAGUCAAUUUGCUGAGGAGUUCGUAGGAAACAACUUUCUGAGAUGACGAUUCAAACUGCUAUGUUUUGCUUGACUAUCACCA